AUGCGCACUGGUAUGGUUGGUCGUGCUGCUCCAUGUUUGGUACAUGCGUGUACUAUUACAAAUAAAUCGAAUGGUAGUGUCUAUGUACGAGUUUUAUAUGAACCAGUACGCAAACAGGACGAUGAUAUACAUGAACGACGUGUAGAAUUCGAACUAGCAAAAAGUGCUCAAACACAAGUUGAGGAAGCAGAAUUCGACAUGGGUUCGUAUCAAAUGCGUGAAGCAAUUCGAACAAUUGAAGUUACUCGAGCAAAUGGACAAACACAAGAGAUCAAUGCUCCAUUUGACAAUGUUAACGGUGUUGAACUUGAUUGGCUCUUUAUUAUUGAAGAUAGAAAUAUUAAAUCAAUUCAACCAAACAGCCAUUAA